GCUUGACAAGAUGGCGGCGGCCGGGCGGUGGCCGCCGCGUCUUCAGCGCUGGGCCCUUCCCGGCUUCUGAGGCGGGCCGGGUUCCAGGCAUGGGCGCUGCGCCCGCGGCCCCGCUCCUGCUGGGGCUCCUUCUGCAGGGCGUCCUGAGGCCGCUGCGGGGGGACCCAGCUUUCAUCCCUCCUUUCAUCCGAAUGUCCAGCCCAGCGGUCAGCGCGGCCCUGGUCGGAGGCCCCGAGGAGGUGACCGUGUCCCUGGCCCCGCUGCAGGUGGAGGCUGGAGUACUGCCGAUUCCAACUUGUGAAGCGCUGGGCAAUGAGACGGGAGACUGGAGCGUGGCUGUGACCCCUGGAGUGAAGGUGUUGGAAGUGACCGUGAGGCUGAAGAGGGACCUGCUGCAGUGUUCCUCUAAUGGGACAGAUUCCUUCUCAGCGUCCCCGUGUAUUGUUCAGACUCUUCUGGUUUCAGCAUCUCACAACUCAUCCUGCUUAGCACAUCUCCUCAUUCAGGUGGAAAUUUAUGCCAACUCUUCUCUGACCCAUGGUGCAUCAGAGAACAUGACUGUCAUUCCUAACCAGGUGUAUCAGCCCCUCGGUCCUUGUCCUUGCAAUUUAACGGCUGGCGCCUGUGAUGUCCGCUGCUGCUGCGACCAGGAGUGCUCGGCGGAGGCCAGGGGCCUGUUCCGACAGUCCUGCUUCACUGGUGUGUUUGGAGGAGACGUCAACCCUCUGUUUGAUCAGCUCUGUGCCGCUGGGACGACGGGCCAGGUCCCCGACGGGUUCCCCUUCCUCUGCGUGCAGUCCUCCCUGGCCAACUCCCCCUUCCUGGGGCUCUUCUAUCACGGUGCCGUUACCUCUGAGCACCACCCUGCCUUUGAAGCGCAUCUGCAUGCUGAGCCACAGGGGUUUCCAGACUUCGGUUACAAGCAAGGAGAUCCGGUCAUGACCAUAGACAAGGCCUACUUUACUAUUCCGCAGGUGUCCCUGGCUGGGCAGUGUCUGCAGAAUGCCCCUGUGGCAUUCCUUCGGAAUUUUGAUGUUAAAUGCACUACUAAUUUGGAAGUGUACCAAGAACGCGAUGGCAUUAUUAAUUCAAAGAUAAAGAGCAGCACCAUGGGAGGCGUAGUUACACCAACAGUGACCUAUGAGGAAGCCACCGAUCUUGACAAAUUCAUCACCAAUACAGAAGCACUUCUGAGCAACGAAUCAGCCUCCGAUGGAUCAGAUUCCAGAUUCGUGAAUGUGGAAGAGCAUUAUAUUUUCAGAUGGAAUAACAACACAAUCAGUGAGAUAAAUAUCAAAAUUAUCAGGGCAGAAGUCAGUGCCCUUCAGAAAGGAAUAAUAACGCAGAGGUUUACUGUGAAGUUUUUAAGCCAUAGCACUGGUGACGAAGAGGAGAUGUCUGGAAAUCCAGGUUACCAGCUUGGCAGGCCUGUCCGAGCCCUUCAUACCGACAGGAUGAAUAACGUUACUGCUUUACACCUUUGGCAACCAGCUGGAAGGGGUUUGUGCACAUCAGCCACUUUCAAACCCAUUUUAUUUGGAGAAAAUGUACUCUCUGGGUGCCUCUUGGAAGUUGGAAUUAAUGAAAACUGUACUCAACUCAGGGAGAAUGUUAUUGAAAGACUUGAUUCGCUAAUACAGGCAACUCAUGUCGCCAUGAGAGGCAACUCUGAUUACCAUGAUCUGAGUGAUGACUGGCUGGAAAUUAUACGUGUGGAUGCCCCUGACGUGCACACUGACGCACCUGUUAGCAGCACGCUUGGCAUCUGCCUGGACGUUCCUGCUCAGCUCCACAUCCACGUCCUGAUCGCUGACGCUGGCGUGGUGGAAGGGGUGGUUCAGCAGUACAUACUUGGCAUCCAGACCAGGCUCUCCACAGUGAACUGGCAGUACCAGUGUGGGCUUACUUGUGAAGAUAAGGCUGACCUGUUCCCUAUCAGUGCAUCAGUCCGGUUCGUUAAAAUACCUGCACAGGUACCCCGACCCCUGACGAGAUUCCAGAUCAAUUUUACAGAGUACGACUGUAAUAGAAAUGCAGUGUGUUGGCCACAGCUUCUGUAUCCAUUAACCCAGCAUUAUCAAGGGGAACCUUAUGCCCAGUGCAUUGCCAAGGGCUUACUGUUGGUGUCCCUCCUCCUGGUGGCUGUGUUCCUGAGCAACCCCUGGACCAGAACAGCAAAGCUGGGCACUCAACCACCAUCGACUAACUCCCCUUCCUGAUUGUAGCCCCCAUGCUCCAGUGACUAUGGCAGUCUUACAUACCUCUCUGCAAUAUUUUAAUAAAGGAAAUGUUUUUUAUUUUUGUA